UACUCACGUUGCUGCAUUGACAAACCCGCUGGUUGUACUUGUGGCUGUUGGCAUCUGUUAUGGACCUCAUUAAAGACGGCUGGUUUACAGAAUUGUGCACGUUAUGGCCGGGGCAAGCGAUGAGCCUCCAAGUGGAGGAGGUCCUCUACCACAAUAAAUCAAAAUUUCAAGAUGUUAUGGUUUUUAAGAGUAAAACCUAUGGUAAUGUCUUGGUGCUGGAUGGAGUGAUUCAGUGCACCGAGAGAGAUGAGUUUGCUUAUCAAGAGAUGAUUGCCUACCUUCCACUGUGCAGCCACCCUUGCCCCAAGAAGGUUCUGAUUAUCGGCGGUGGAGAUGGUGGUGUGCUCAGAGAAGUGGUGAAAAAUCCACUGGUGGAGUCGGUGGUUCUGUGUGAGAUAGAUGAGGAUGUGAUUAAUGUAUCAAAGAAGUUCCUCCCUGGGAUGGCCAAAGGAUUCUUCAGUCCCAAGCUCACCCUCCAUGUGGGAGAUGGCUUUGAAUUCAUGAAGCAGAACCAGGAUGCCUUUGACGUCAUUAUAACUGAUUCCUCAGAUCCAGUCGGGCCUGCUGAGAGUUUGUUUAAGGAGUCUUACUAUCAGCUGAUGAGGGCGGCAUUACGGAAUGGUGGAAUUCUUUGUUCCCAGGGAGAGUGUCAGUGGCUCCAUUUGGAGCUGAUAAAGGAGAUGCAGACCUUCUGCAAGACCCUGUUCCCUGUGGUCGACUAUGCCUACAGCACCAUCCCAACAUAUCCCAGUGGCCAAAUUGGAUUCAUGCUCUGUAGUAAAAACUCUGAAACAGAUUUCAAGAAUCCAGUGAAAGCUUUGGCAAAAGAAGAAAUUGAAAGUAUGAACCUUAAGUAUUACAACCCUGAAAUUCACAAAGCAUCGUUCGUCCUCCCCGAGUUUGCAAGAAAGGUACUUCGCGAAGCAUGACCAGAAACAACAGGACCACCAUGUUCAUCCCUUGCCUGGCCCUCAGAUCACAGAUAGGCAACCUUAAUCUACAGCUUUUACAGUUCAAAUCCUCAACACGGUUCAACUCGGCUUCAAUCAUACUUCGUACUUAGGAGGCUGCUUCAACAAAGUCCCCAUUCAGACCUGGUCGUAACAUCCGUCCUGAGUGAUCCAGUCAUGUCCAGAUCCGUUCACAGAAACCAAGUUCGGUGGUGGUGUGAGGACACACGUGUCCACAGUUGUGCGCUGCAUGAACGAUAUCAGUCCUUAAAGGAAUACUUCACCGAUUUGCAUUUGAAAUAUCUUCAUUCUUAUUUUUUUUGUUACGUGCCCACCAGUGACACUAGAGCCGAGCCUUGAAACUAACGCUAAUCUCGCACUUUUUCGACCCACUCGGAGGGGGGGGCGGGUACUCAUUCCCAGAAUGUAAACCGUGUCCUCCAUCUUUGCUAAAAGUUAGGCUAACAAGACCAAGUGUCACUGGUGGGCACAUAACAAAGAAGAGAGUGAAGAUAGAUAGAUUCUAGUAAUACAAAGCUAAAUGCAAAUUGUUUUAAGUAUUCCUCCACGUCCUCUGACUAUUUUUAUUAUUGUUAAAACUGUCGGAUUCAUCUCUGUAGCUCGCACACAGGCACACUGAGGCAUGCACCAACACAACCUGACACGUCAGCCUCAAUCGUAUUAGGUCACACAAAACACACCCAGGACACAUUUUAAUGCCAGUGUAAACAGUCAUAUUUGAGUCUGUCCACAUACGAUCAGAUCAGCGAGCAUGGAUGUUAACACUAGGCCUAAGAAUCAGUGGGGGACAACUUGCUUAUUUUUAGAGAGAGAUUGUUGAUUGUGGUUUCCUCUCCGCAUGCUUUUGAUGUUAAUUUAUUUUUUCACUCGUGUUUACGUUUUCACUUUUACUCUCGUCUUAUCAACAUUUCGCAAUGUAGUGGGCUGGGCUGAAUAGGAAGAGCAUUGCCGUCAUACCUGACCUCACUCUGAAACAUGGAGCUGUUCAUUGUAUUCACUGUACUUAACAUAUUUUGCAGUAUGUUACAUACUAUAGAGCGUAUGUAUAUGUAAUGCAUUUUUAUUUGUAGAUGAUAUCAGCUUGUCAUCGUAGGAAAAUACACUUUCCAUUGAUUAUUAUUGUAUAUUCACUUCAUCCUUGGGGAAAUAUAAAAAAAAAACACUUGGUAUUUUAUAAAUUUAUGAAUGUAACAAAAAUCACAGCCUUUUGGUUUGCUUUCUCCCCCCCCCCCUUUUUCUUUUGCUGAAACAGGAAGUUAAACUUUGAA